AUGGACGGGGGGACUGGAAUUUUCCAGAGUUUUAUGCGUCGAAGAUCAAUCUCGUCAUUCUUCAACAGGGGGGGAAGUGGACGGAUGAGGAGCUCCGAGGGGGAUGACGCCCCUCAAAGUGAGCCUAUCCCCCAGCUCUCCCUGAUUGCCAACUCCGUCGUCUCUCGCUGCGCAAGGUAGGAGAUUUGCUUUGCCCUCUUGGUGGAAGAUUUCUCUCCAUGAUUACUUUCUUCGGCACACAAACUCUAGGAGAUUCAAUGGAAUGACUUUCAUUUGUUUAUUUUUGAGGAGGAGGUAUUGGGCGGGCGGAGUCAUAGUCGUUUCCAUGGCUUUUGCGAUUGACCUUCCUCUCUUAAUUUUGGUUUAGGUUUCAGAUGGCUCUUUGCCAGUUUGACGUGAUCGACGAGUCUCGUAGAAAUGUCCGCUGACGCAAUCAUACUGGGAGACUUCUACAGUUAUAUCAAUGCAGCUAAUUUUAGAGGCCAGGCGACCAGCGAGGGCAUAAACUGUUAGGAUUACAAGAGAUAUGACCUAUCUGUAUCGAAGAUAGAGUUUCAUCUCGGAAAGACGUAGCCUCUUCAGCAGUGAAAGAAACCAUGGGUCUUUCAUUACGAAAACAUGGAAGAAUGCGUUGUGCUCAAUAUGGAAAAUAAGCAUUUACUGUGUUUCCUAAAUAGUGAAAAGAAACUGAUGAAAGAUUAUAUCAGACGGGGAGCUGGUGAAUUUCAUUUUUUUUUCUAAAUUAGCUGAAGAAAUUCGAGCCCCAACUCAAGACAGCGGCCCAAAAGAAAAAAAUAACUCAUGGAGGUCUGAGGACCUUUCAUGUCACACCAUUCUGCACCCCGUAGCCUUCGUCUCUAGCUAUCUUCCUUCGUCUUUUCCCUUUUCUGGCCUACUCCUUUGCUUUGUACUAAUUAGAACCUGAGUCCCACUAAAGGCAAUAUACGGUCAAAGUUUUCAGCCUUUGCAAAUCAUCUUCUUGUUUAAUUCAAUUUCGUUUGAUGUAGGUAACUAAACAGUUGCACAUUUCCCAUGGAAAAAAUUUAGUAUCCUCUUGAACAGUCUUGGAUUGAGCAUGGCUGAUUCUUUGGUUCGACAAGAGUCAGUUUUGCCAGGAUUAACUAAACCAAAUUUUACUAAACCAAGGUUCAGUUCUGCCAGAAAACUUUAUCCCGGGUAUUGCCCGACAAAGAAUUCAUUGAUCCGAAGUAACUAGAAAUUGAUUUCUCUCGAAUUUUCUUGAUCUUUCCAGACAAUUUGACAUGCAUUAGUUAAUUGGCAGAUAUCUAACAUUAUAUCUAAUAUGCCUGAUUUUUAACCACCGCAUGUAUUUUUUUGGAAGCCUUGUAAUUUUGGCUACUCUCAACUAUAUUCUUCUGUCAACUGAUUAGGUAAAUAUUCUCUGGUAUUCAGGUAACGAAAAUGCCCUUACUUAUCGUGGAGCUUAACUCAUGCAUUAGCUGAUUUUUUUUUUUUUUCAAUGAAUGGCUUGUUAUCUGGUGCAUAUAGUCAUAAAAUUGAUGGAAACAUGUUAUGGCCAUCUUCAGCAAGUUUAUUAAUCUUAUGUAAUCGAGAUUCUUGAUUCUACAGGAUUCUUCUUUUCUCACCAUUGGAUCUGCAGCAGCACUUUGAGAGUGAGGUUCCUGAACACAUUCAGGAUUCUUCGUCAUAUGCAAGAAAUCUCUUAGAGUACUGCUCAUAUAAAGCUCUUCAGGUUUUGAUUAAGAAUCCAAAUUAUUUACGUGACAAGGAAUUCAGGCAUUUAACAUAUGAUAUGAUGCUUGCAUGGGAAGUUCCUGGUGCAGAAAAUGAUUCUAAAUCCAAAGUGAGUCACCCAUUCUCUACCAUGUUACUAGUUAUCCACAUAAUGCUCAUUCUGAUAGGAUUCAUAGUAGAUUUUGUGCUUAGGGUUUCUGCUCUACAGUCUAGCAAAUAUCUGAAUUUUUGACAUUAUUUUCCUACUAUUGCUACUAGGAAAAUCCUUUUCAUGGCAACCUAGAUAAUGAGGACGAGGAUGCAGGGUCCUUAUUUUAUAUUGAUUCAAUCUCCAUGGCUGUUCAGGUUUGUCAUACUGUCAUACCUUAGCACUGAUUUUUUUAUUGAAUAUGGUGUAGUAGAAAAAAAUUGAAGUAGGCUUUUAAGUUACAUAAAAUAUCAUGAAUGGCGUGGUUCACGUAUUGUUAUUUUACUUAUCCCUCUCCAUCGUAGUUGUGGUUGUAACUAGGUGGAUAUGUGAUCAUCACUUAUUCUUUCUUCUUUCAUGUUUCCAGGUAGAUCGUAGGAGAACUGUUGGACGGGAAGCUUUUUGUAGAAUAGCACCUGCAUGCCCUGCUAUUGCUGACAUAAUCACCGUUCAUAAUCUUUUUGAUGCGCUCACAAGCUCCUCAGCUGGCCUACUCCAUUUUCUCUUAUAUGACAAGUACCUUGGGAGCUUGGACAAGUAUGCUUACCAAUCCUAUCUGUUGUAGAUGAGUAGAACAUCUGGCUGUUCUUUCCCAUUGGCAUAUUUACAAAAUAGUCUCAAGAAUAAAUUCCAUAGUGUAGAAAUGUUUCAUUAUAUUUUAGCUUUUCAAAGUACUUGUCAUCACGGCCAAUUGCAAAAUGCUUUCAUUAAAUGUUUUAUGGUCGCUUAGUGUACAAAAUAGUCUCAAGUAUAAAUCUGUUAUUUUAUUCUGGCUUUUAUCUACUUACAGGGUGUUCAAGGCUGCGAAAAAUGCUGUACUACUCCCAUUAACAUCGAAUCUUCAGCUUUCUGACGGCGAAAUCGUUCUGGAUAUUGAUGGCAAUAUUCCCAUACAGCCUGUUCUUCAACAUAUUGGAAUUACCGCAUGGCCUGGUGAAUAAUUUAUUGUUUUAACAGUAUAGCGUAGAGAACAUAAUUUGCUUUAUUUUCCAGUUUGUCACCAAGCAGUAUUCUUCAUAACAGGACGAUUGACUCUAACCAGUCAUGCUCUCUACUUUGAGUCACUUGGUGUCGGUUCAUAUGAUAAAGCUAUUGCAUAUGACUUGGCUGCUGACUCAAAGCAACUAGUAAAGCCUGAGUUGAUUGGGCCACUAGGUUCUCGCCUUUUUGACAAAGCUGUAAUGUAUAAGUCCAAUUCCUUGUAAGUCAUCGAUGCGUCAUGAUGGUAUGGUUUUGAGUGAUGGACAAUCAAUAUUUAUUCUCUGGUGUCAUUAAUUCUCAAAGUCUUUUUGUCACAGGGAAGAUCCUGUUUAUUUUGAGUUUCCUGAGCUGAAAGGGCAUUCACGCCGUGAUUACUGGUUGGCGAUCAUACAUGAAGUAUUGCAUGUUCAUGAAUUCAUUAGGAAAUUUGAUCUCAGUGAAACUCAGCGGGUGGAGGCCCUUUCAAAAGCCAUACUUGGUAUCUUCCAAUAUCGUGCUGUGAAAGAAGUCUUUCAUAUUAUUUCAUCACGUUCCAAGACUUUACUCCCUUUCAGCUUAGCUGAAAAUCUUCCCAAGGGUGACAAGAUUUUGGAAGCUCUACACGGUCACUUGGAACUUCUUUGUAUGGGGAUGGAAUGCACUGCUCGUAAGACUUUACCUGAUGCAACGCCUCUGGGAAACCUUCUGCCUGUUUCAAUGCUGGAACUGACUAGAAAAGGCUUUACAUUGAUGAAAACGGCAGAUGGAAUUGAAGAAAAUGUAUCUCAGAUUGGUGCUUUUUACGUGGGUGACAAAAGCCCCUUAGACAAAGCUGUGUGGCAAUCAAUUUGCUAUUCUGGUAAGGCAGAAACAGCUCGAGCGACUGUUGAGCAGGUGAAAGUGGAGGGGAUUGACACGAACUUGGCUGUUAUGAAGGUAGGCUGCAGUAUGUAUUCUUGUCGGGUUUACUAUGGCAUGAUGAAGUUAGUCAAUUGUGCUAUUUCUUUGAUAAAAAAAAACUGGGUUAUGAGUAGCCUAGCUGAUGUAACAUCUGUGAAAGAAACCUGCCUAAGUUUCAUGUCUUUAGAUCAUUGUUUUCUUCUUCUAAACUUUAUUCGUCUUUCUUUCGAAGGGUUGAUUUAAGAACUGCAAUAUGGAAUAGACAUAACAGGUACAAAAUUAUUUCUUUUUAGUGAAGUGACAUGUAGAAUAUUUUUGGAUAUUUACGUGAGGGAGUCAUGACUAAGAUUCUCGAAGUAAAUGAUGAGAAGUCAUUUAUGGACUGCCGGACAGUGGAACAGCUAAGAUUGAUUUAUGAUAAUAAUGUGUGACUAUUAUUAGAUUUCAUGCUGGUGAAAAAGUUUGAAGCCUCCCGCGAACUGUAGCUCCUCUAUAGAAAGUAAUGUAACGAUAAUUUAAAUGGCAGAUAUGUGACCAUCCCUAUUCUGUACAUGAGAAAACAUACAAAAACCAAGUGCCGGUUAUUUUUCUGUUUGGAUUAGUUAGCUUGAAACUUGGGGCUACAAUGUUGAAGAAUAUAAUUCAAAUGUUUUGUUAUAUUGAAAUGUAAUGUAAUAUGAUCGCACCUAAAUUUCUUAUGUAGUAUGAUCCCUAUUCUGUACGCUAUCAUUUCUUUUCUUUUCAUCAUCCAGAUGUGAUGAUAAAUUCUAUUUUCAUGCAGGGGUUACUUUUUCCGGUGAUUGAAUCCUAUGAGAAAUUUCAUUUUCUGGCUUCAUGGGAAGAUCCUUUUAAGUCCGUAGUUUUCCUGGUUUUCAUAAUUUUUAGUGUCUUCAGGUAAUAUUGCCAUUAGUGCGACUUUUUGAAUUAUUUUAUUGUGAUGAAUUUUUUAUUGAAGAUCAUGUCUGUGAGUCUGCUGCUUAAUAUCAGGAUUGACCAGUUAAGUUCAUAAUUGGUGGAAGCUAAUCUGGCUUCUAAGGGUGUACUCAAUCUGCUCAGAAUCGAAUCUUUUUUCUAAUUGUUUUCUUUUAAUGCAAAUCAACCUUAAAAAUUAUAAUUUCUUGAUUCGAAGGCAAAGUGCCCCUUUUCUCAGAAUUAGUUUGUCUUGCUAGUGUCAUCUCAAUUUUUUGGUUGAAUUGGUAUGCAUAAUCCUGGGCCCCAUCUGAGUCAAUAUUUAAAUUCUCAUUUAGGGCAUGUCCUUUUUAUUUUGUGCACUUGGCCUGGUGUUUCAGUUUAUAUGAAAAACAAGGGCAUAGAAGCUGGGCAGUUCUCAGCUGUGUAGUCUCCUUAUGGCUAAUACCAACACAAAUUCUCCGUUUGAACUCUGAUUGACCGUAUUUUUUGCAAAAAUAAUAUUUUGAUCCUGAUUACUCCUGGCUUACCUGAGUAAACUGUGACUCUGUCCGGAUUUGUGUUGAACCUGUGUUAAAACCAUCUUCUCUAAGCAGGAAUUGUUUUAGAAAAUAACAUAAGAUUAACUUGACACCAGUCUUUGAGUAAAUUGGGCAUAACUACAAACCAAUCGAGAGUGAAAGUAUGAUCAAGUAUGAGGGCCGAUCGAAGGGAAAGUAUGAUUAACUUGAAAAAUGUUCUUUUUAGUCUCUUUUUGGAAUUUUAUUUAUGACCUUUUCGCUCUCACACCUCGUAUGAAGUGCCAGAAUCAGACCACACUUGUAAUUUUCCAUGGUGUAGAAUUUUUUCCAUCGAUUUGCUGAGACCUUUUUGAGUCUCUCUCUCUCUCUCUCUCUCUCUCUCUUCUUGCCUGCAUAAUGCAAAUCGUAGCAAGAGAAUUCAUAAUAUUCCUAUAUGUGUUCCAAUCACAGUAAAGCAAGAAACAAUUCGGGUUACCACCAUUCAUUUGCGUUUUAGGAGCUGGGUCACGGAUUAAGAACGCUCACUAUUAUUAAUUAAAUUUUGACUGUCUAUUCAAGGCAGAAAACAUCUAACAGAGAAUGCAAUUGCCAUUAUCACCGAGUCGUGUAGUCCACCGGCAUUCAUCUUUGACUUAUCUACUCCAAUUAAUAUGUUACCACUUACGUGUUCACCCAUUCAUUUCAUGGUGGCGUCUCUCGUUUUUUCCCCUAAGUGUACAAAAAUAAAAACUUUAGAGUGACAGCUGACGUGACAAUCUUAUGGAUACACCAGGGGUUGGAUCAGGUACAUAUUUCCUUGUGCUUUCAUCUCGCUUGCAGUCCUCAUGCUUUGGCACAAGCACAAGAGCAAAGAGCAGCCACUGGAGCCCUUCAGAAUUGUAACUCCACCCAGUAAGAACCCUGUCGAGCAGAUUCUGACGUUACAGGAAGCCAUUUCCCAGCUGGAAACGCUUGUGCAGGCAGGGAACAUCAUUCUCCUCAAGCUAAGAGCAAUUCUGCUUGCUGCAGUUCCCCAGGUAUGAUUUUUCGGCCUUCAAUGAUUCAUCAACACCUAAGUUUUUACAUAGAAAUAUGAUUACUCUCCCCCUUCCCCAUUUUGCCCUUUUGCUUCCAGACGACAGACAAGGUGGCAAUUUUUCUGACAGGCGUAGGAGCUGUUUUCAUACUAGUUCCCCCAGAGUAUCUGCUGUUAUUGGGGUUCAUCGAGGCAUACACGAGAGAGAUGCCACUGAGGAAACACAGCAGCGAGAAGCUGAUUAGGAGGGUGAGAGAAUGGUGGGUCCGCAUUCCAGCUGCUCCGGUUAAGCUCGUCCCAGCUGAAGAUCCCAAAAAGAGAAACUGA